AUGGCUCUCACUCGUUGCCUUAUCAUCAAAAAUGCUCUAAACCCAAAAUUUGAAUUUUUCGCAAAGCCUUUUUACGCUCUUCUAUCUAUGUUCAUUGCCUUUGUGUUGAGCACAAUUAUGACUUUAUUGUUCUGGAGCCGUUAUGAGCUUGUAGAGGUGAAGGCAUGGACACCGCCCGUAAACUGUAUAGGGUUUCCACCUGGGUAUACGGUACCCAGAUAUAAAUCUUCUAUGGAUGAUGCUUGGCUGCUGAAGCCUAUGCUAUCUCUUCAGAUUUUCAGUGUCAUUGAUGGUUUGAUAAAAAUAAUUCCAACUCUGAUGUUUCCAAUUUUGACAGUUAUUCUUGUUCGUGAACUAAAAAAAGCCGCAGAUUCAAGAAAAAAAGCGUCAGUGGGAAGUGAGAAGCAUGAAGAGAACUCUAAAUCUCAUCAAGCUACAAAACUGGUAAUCCUGAUGACCAUCACUUAUAUGGCCGCUGAAGGACCGCUAGGGAUAAUUUAUGUUGUGCAAGGAUUCAUAAUUCCAACUCUGAUGUUUCCAAUUUUGACAGUUAUUCUUGUUCGUGAACUAAAAAAAGCCGCAGAUUCAAGAAAAAAAGCGUCAGUGGGAAGUGAGAAGCAUGAAGAGAACUCUAAAUCUCAUCAAGCUACAAAACUGGUAAUCCUGAUGACCAUCACUUAUAUGGCCGCUGAAGGACCGCUAGGGAUAAUUUAUGUUGUGCAAGGAUUCGUAACUCAGCCUCCUGGAAUAGUUGAAAUGACAAUGGAUCUCAUCGACAUAUUUGGAGUGUUCGUCUCAAUUAACGCUAUUAUGCACUGCGUGAUUUAUCUCACUGUAUCUUCACAAUAUCAAAAAUCUGCCAAAAGUUUAUUUUGUUGUGUAAAGUGUCUAGCGGAAAGAAAGACAAAACCGGUACUCAUUUUGUGA